AUGUCGGGUCUCACCAGUGUUGCAGUGGAGCCAGUGUCGACCAGGGCUGAGCAUGAAGCCCCCGCCAGGGUGAUAGGGACGUGGCAAAAGAAGCUGCUCUUGGCUGAGACCGGCAUGCUGACCAACAUGGAGGAGGGAGGUGAACCGGCACACUGCACCGUGUGCUGCUGCACCCGGGCCAACAAAAUCCUCAUGGUGCUCUUCAUGGUGCUGCUUAUCUUCGCCAUCCUGUUUGGGAAUUUAGUGACCCUCGCCGUGGUCCUGGGCACCAAGCACUUCCAGACGCCGCAGGGUUACCUGAAGGCGUCGCUGGCCGUUGCCGACCUGGCCGUGGGAAUAUUCGUGGUGCCGCUGUCUGUCUACGCUGAGGUGUCCCUCAUGAUGACAGACUCGGCACCGGAGUGGACACUGAACAACUCGCAAACGGCGAGUUUCCACCCGUGCAACAUCAUCGGCCCUAUCUUCGCCGGUUGCACUUUUGUGUCCAUCAGCACCAUUUUCCUUCUGACCAUCGAGCGGAGCAUCGCCGUCCUGCGGCCGCUGCACAAGGACUCGGUCAUCACACGCAGAAGGACCACUAUCCUCAUUGUCUUCUCCUGGGUGGGGAGUUUCUUCCUGGCCGUGGCUCCCAUGGUUUUCAGCAGCGAGAUUGCUCUGGAGUACAACUCCUGCAGCCGGAUGUGUAAUUACGCCCUAGGGAACAUCAGCGAGUUCCCCAGCCAGGCCUGGAACAUCCUCCUCCUGUUCCCUGCAUUCGACUUCACCCUCCUUGGUGGCACCAUGGUGAUCAACAUCAUUUCUCUGUCGACCAUCAGGCAGCACUCGAAGCGCAGAAAACACCUGGCGGAGAGCGAGUGCCAAAGUGCCAUCAAACCCACGUUCUCCGACAUCAAGGCGGCGAAGACCAUCGGGACGUUGACGCUGGCCUUCACUGCGUCCUUUACGCCCAUCGCCGUGUUCGUGGUGGGGAACGUCUUAGGGAACCACUGGUGCAAUUUCUCAUUUUUCGCAUUUUGGAUUUUGGCCACCAACAGUUGCUGGAAUGUGAUUAUUUACAGCGUGAGGGAUCAGAAGUUCAGGCUGCGGGCACACAAGCUCUUCAUACCCUCCCUGAGAAAGAAUGCCACCUAAAAAAAAAGGGUUCUGUUUUACUGAAACACCAGGGAAUAAAGACAAAAGACAACAUGAACAGGAGCGGAUCACGUAGAUGUUUGUUUGGUGCACGGACACUUUGCACUCACGUUAUCGUCAGUCUCAUCGUGAGACUUGUCUGCAUGUCCCGUGGAUUGCUCUUGUGAAAUUAUUAAUUUUUACAUCAUUAAAAGCAUGAAGCAUUUUCAUGUCACAGUUAGUGGAUAUGAAACGUUCCUCUUGUCUUACUCUGUAUAAACGUAGGGCUACUUCAGUGUGUGGAACGGUUGUUAACCUUUGCAGGCCCUAUUCUUGUCACCCGGGUGUGUU